AUGCCAAAGAGGAGCAUCGAAAAAAGACAAGGAUGCACUCCACACCUAGCCCGUUGCUUAUUUACAUCUAAUGGUACACAAAGCCAACAAAUUGGUGGCGAGAUUCAUUUCGCAGAAAUGCCUAGUUGUGUUGUGUGGGUCGAUGGACAGCUCAACUUUCAUCCAGAUGAACAGGGUUUCCCCACGACAUUUCCUUUCUACGAUCUUCAUGUCACAUCAUCCCCUGAUAUUGCAGACCCUUCCGUGACCACUGAGGAUCUAGAAGAUUUUGUCAUUACAAAUGAUAAUGGGCAAGAUCUUGUUAAUUCGCCUUUUCAACAAAAUUUUUCUUUAAGUGUUUUCCCAAAUGAUUUUUUUAAUGGUACAACUCCAUACUUUGUUGUAGUUGCAAUAGACAAAUCUCCUAGCGAUCAAAUUAUUGGAUCUUGCUCUAUCGAAAGAAUUUAUUGA